ACUGUAUGCCGGUCAAACUGUCCCUCCCGAAUUGAUUGCUCCACUUAAAGAAUUUCACUGUUCAUUGGAAGAACAGAUCAACCGUAUCGAAUUCCUCAAGCAUCGAGGGCUCUUCAAGAGAAUGGUGACGGCGUCAAAUAUCGCCAAGGAUAUAAGUGAUGUCAAUGCGUGUAUCAAUAAGGCUAUUACUUCGGUCUCGACGGAGGCGUCGAUUUUAACCCUCAUGCAGACAAUUCGAGCAUCGGUGACAUCGGAGCUAUCAAGACUCAAGCGAGCGCCUGCCGAACACACUUACGUAAAGAGCAAGUCCGAAUGCCUUCCAACCACACAGGUCAAGGUACAAGAUUCCAUACUCCGUCAUCUAAAGGAUACCGAGACCCGAUUUGUCUGGUUACGGGGCCCGCCGGGGACAGGGAAGACUGCGAUAGCUAAAAGCGUCGCGUCUACCCUCAAGGCACAGAACACUCUGGCAGCAUCCUUUUUUUGGGAUAAAAACCAGGUCGGAACAGGCCUUGAUUCCAUUGAGCUGUUUCCUUCCACGCUGGCACACCAACUCGCAUGCUUCGAUAGGGAGUUCAUGAUGUCACUUGUCAGGUGCCUUCGACAGCAAGAUCUGCAACUGCCUCAGCAUCUGCCUCUAGAUAAGCAAAUGAAGGCUCUUGUUAUCGAGCCAAUGCGUAAUCUGAUGGAGGUAUUACCUUCCGGAAAGGAUCGCCUUGUCAUCGUCUUAGAUGGCUUGGAUGAGUGUGGAGAUCUAGAAGCACUCGAACGUCUGAUGGAGCUCGUCCUUAUCCUCGAAGAGCUGCCAGCCACCUUUACAGUAUUCGUCAGCUGUCGUCCUGAGUCAUUGGUUGUGUCGGCUUGGGAUGAAGCUCGGAAACGGGGCCUUGUCAUACCAUGUGAAGAUGUGGAUAUAAUUACGAAGGAGGAGAAGUAUCACACGAUCCGUUGUAUGGUGGAGGAUGGCCUUCGAGAUCGUAUCAAGAAAUCUCGGUGGAAACCUUCGGAGGAAGAUCUCCAUGCUUUUACUUUGGCUUGUCGUGAAUUGCCUGUUAUGGCCUCGGUUCGAAUUCGCGAAGUCAUCUCGCAGACACGGCAAGGUCGCACCCUGCAGAGGGAGUUCCAGUACCUGCUUAAUCUCUCCGAUCCACCCAUCGAUCUCAACUGGGAGUACUUGCGAAUACUCCGAAGAGCUUACAUGCGCGGUUCAUCUGCAGUUCCCCUGGAUGUAGCCAAAAUGAAUUGCCAAGGAUGAGGCCCAAGCUGCAUUGGAACCGAUCAGCUCAAUCAUUGAACUUCCCUCCGAGGAUACAGAAGGUGUUAAAUUCUAUCACGCCACAGUGCAAGAAUUCAUAACGGGGAGUCCGAUUGGUAAUGAAAAUAACAAAGUAUUUUUUAUCAAGGACAAGAAAGGAUAUUUUCUCGGACCGCUACUCCUUCGAUUUUUCAACAAUUGUUGCAAGCGGAAUGAAUUUGGGAUACCCACUAAUCCCCCUCUCAGUGACAAAGAAAAAUGGGCAGAUUUUAAACCCUA